AUGCUGAAGGCAAAGAACAUAGUUAAAGUAGAUCAGGUGAAGCAAUCAGAUGAGGUCGGCAAGCAAAAGUUGAAGGCGAAGAGGGGACCUAGUGAGAAAGAUGCUUCCCGGAAGCCAAUGCUGAAGGGGAAGAACAUAGUGGUUUCAGGACCUAGUGAGAAAGAUGCUUCACGCAAGCCAAUGUUGAAGGAAGUAAAGAAGUUAAUGUUGAAGGCGAAGAACAAAGAUGAAGUAAAGAAGGUGAAUCAAUCAGAGAAACAAAACCGCAAGCAAAGGUUGAAGGCGGAGAAGGAAGAACUUCGACUGAAAAAGAAGUUAGACGAACUGACUUUGGUGCAAAUGCAUUUCCAAGAAUUGAGAAAUUUGGCUAGAAAGAAACACAAAGAAGAAAUGGAGAAGGAGGAGGACGAGAGGAUGUUCAUGAUUAUCCCUAAAAACGAAGAAGAGUGA